GAAUUACUGAGCGUGCAUGAAUGUGGUUCCAUAUCACUGGACUGUUGCUAUCUUGCAACAAUGUGGGAACGAUCUGGGAACGAUAUAUAAGCGAAACAGGGAAGCUACGAAAGCAGCAAUACGAAUUCGGACCUACAUUCGGCACCUCGUCCAAGAUGCGCUGUCUACUUGUACUACCCUUGUUUGUGGCCCUUGUGGCUGGAGCCACACUAGAUUUCGACCACUAUUGGACUGCUCAAGAGAUCAAUCAAUACAUCGAUGAGCUCGUCAGCGACUUUCCGACGCUCGUGACUGCAGUGAACGUUGGUACCAGCACCGAAGGACGUCCGAUUCGGGGGAUCCGCGUCAGCAAGGACAAUGUUGCCAAUCGCCCACUAGUCAUCGUCGAGGGCGGACUACGCGCGCGCGAAUGGAUCUCUCCGAUGUCCGCCAGCUACAUUCUGCACGAGAUCGUCGAGCAUUACUACGAGUUUGAGAACAUUCUGGAUAACGUCAACUUCUUGGUCGUGCCGCUGGUUAACCCGGACGGUUACGAGUUCUCGCGCACUUCCAAUCGACUCUGGCUGAAGUCACGCAGUGUCAACGGAAAUGGAUGUUUCGGAAUUGAUCUGAAUCGUAACUUUGGUCACCUCUGGAAUACCGUGGGGGGAAGCACUGAUCCCUGUUCGGAUAGCUUUGUCGGUACUGGCGCCUUCUCAGCGCCGGAAACGGCCGCCAUCCGAGAUCUUAUCCAAAGCAACAGUGCCAACCUGGUCCUGUACCUUAGCAUCCAGUCGGCCGAUCAGAUGGUGCUGUAUCCAUUCUCGCACAGUGCCACAACCAAUCCGAGCAAUGUGGCCGAGCUGCGAAGCCUUGCCAACAGUGUGGCACUGACGUUGAUGAGUCAGAAUGGACGAAUCUUUACCAGUGGUGGUGCAGGACUGUUGCAACCGGCUGCCUCGGGUAGUAGCAUCGACUUUGUGGCUGGUACGGUUCAACCGGAUUUGGUAUUUACUCUUGAAACUGGUGCCGGUGGUAGCUAUGGUUAUGAUGUGCCUGAAUCACAAAUGGCUGAAGUUCUUAGCGAGACCACGUACGGAUUCCUUACGAUGGCGGAAUACGUAGCGCAUAACAAGUCAAAUUGAAAGGAAUGAGGCAGAAUUUUACAAAACGAUCUGGAACUUGAGUAAGCGAAGGAUGUGGAUGUAUGAUAUAAUGAAAACGUAAAUAAUAAACAGUGUUUGUUCAUAUUAUUCAAAUGUACUAUAUCAACAAGACAUGAUCUAAUUCAUUCGGAAUGGGUUCAUUCCUCAACUUCUGGAAUUGCAUGGUACUCAAUCUUUGGAAUUGUAUUAAGUACAAGAUCACUAACUCUUUCUUUUGACAACAAUAUAAUGCAAAGAGGAAUCUCUCAAUAUUCUGACUUUUUUAUCUAUUGAUGAAAGACAUACAAAGUGAAAGACAUACUCAACUGAUAUCGGCUGAGUAGCCUUCCUCCUUGAAAGCCAACUAUACAUUAGGCCCAAGCAAGAAAUUAUUGUCGUAUUCAUUAAAUCUGAAAUAGAGUAGAGAAGAACCAUGAUUGUGAAGUCGUUCAAGAAAACAAUCCUGAAAAUUUCUAACAAUCCUUUGGAACACAUCCUGAUUUCUGAACACACCACAAUCAGGAAAAUUCCUCUUAGGUAAGCAAUCUUUCUUGAAAACAUAUGUAGGAAAGCAUUUCAAAAUAAGUGAAAGUAAAUUUCCGGUUGUCUAUUCUAUCUUCGCUAACCCACUGAAAGUUCACUUUCUCUUACCCUUUGCGGAAAUAAGACUUCAAGAUAAAACAAUCCGGUUAAAACAAUGUUUGCCAAACAAAUGGAAGGUUUAAUGCUUGCACCAAGCAAAUACAUAUAUUUAAAAUGCACUUAAUUUAUUAAGCAUUUUUUUGUGUUACUCACUUUAUCUAAUAUUGAACUUCGGAAGGAAAUUACUUCAAUUUGAACGGUAUGCGAAAAUCCCAUUAAACUCAUCCAUAAUGUAGUGUAAAGUCAAGCAAAUUGCCUGACCCUGGUUUAAAAAAAAACAGGUUGUUUCUCUCCCUUUAACCAGAUGAAGAACCCUUGAUGAAAUCUCCCAAAAAGGAUGAGUACCUUUCAUCGUGUAUGUUCAAAGAGGAAACACAAGUCAUACCACACGUUUCACACCGAUCCGUUCCCUUUUUUUCCUUAAGGCCUUACAUGUUUUCGAACGCGGAAUUUAUCUCUUUAUAAGCCAAAUGGGUUUUUUAUGUGAUAUGGGAGCUGGCUGUGUUGUUACAGCCACUUACUUUCAGCGGAAGCAUGAAUCGUACCGAGAACUGGAAAAGGGAAUGCAUUUGGAUGAGAAUUCACUGUUGGGGAAUUUGUUUCACUUCUCAAACCGACCGAGACGUUACGGGUCUGCUUCUUUUUCCUUAUUUCUUUUCCCUUUUCAGUUUGUGGUAGGCGAUUUGGGAAUUCUUACAUGUAGAAUUGAAGGGAAAUUGAAUGAAUGUUGCCACAUGAAUGGGGACAAAUUGUUAAAGGGUUUGAAAAUCCCCCCUAAUGUUUCGAUGCUUUAUGUGCGAAUAUUUUCAUCAUGAGGUUUUAAUUUGAAUUUCUUAAAGCUUCUCACCUAUUAAAAACGAUUUGUUAGACCAGAUCAGGUAAAUAAGAAGGAGGUGUUCAUCAGAAGGAUCAUAAAUACAAACAUAAUUCACUUCUAUCAGUAGAAUGAAAUGGAAAUGAAUUAUAAAUUAUAGUAAAACAAUAUAAAAUCAAUAUUUUGUCAUGCAUAGCAAGAGCAGCACUAAAUAGAAUUAUAUUUAUUUCCUCCGUAUUUCACAUUAAACAUCCACAACCUCAACGGCCCUAGAUUGUGUAUGGGCAAUCACCAAUAAACUCAAUAUUUCCUGUACGGUUUUCGCGCAAAACCAAAGCUUGUUCUUUAAAAAAAAUGAAUAAAACUAGAGUACCGUCGUAAAAAUUCUGUCCGCCCCACCGGUAAAUGGUCGGACAAAUACAUAAAACAAAGCUCAAACCAAACCAACCAAACGCCUAACUUUCGAUUGUCUCAUAAAUAUUAAUGACAGUAUCAGAGAUGCAAACUGUCCAGCUGGGGUCAGAAGUGGGUAGAACAGGGACAGGGACAAACUUUUCCCUUCAUCGACAGUCCCGUGGAUGUUGGAGUUGGAUGUGAGAAAUAGGAAACGAAAAAAAAAACCACAAAACCUUCCCCGGUACCAACCGACCGACCGUGGGAGAAAAAUCGGUAGUACGGUUUACUGGUGUGGUUGAAUAAUUGAUUAAAAUUUAUCGUGAAAUUCAAUAUCGGACAUUAUCGAGUCUAUUACUUUGUGCGCUUCCGGUGAACAGAUUGCUUGAUUUACUUCAUUCUCUGCACUCUAGGUUCAGUGGUGUGUCGCACUUGAAGCAGCUGUCCUGUCGAAGGUUCCCAACCAUUGAAGAGCAACUUUUUAAGCCUACAUUUCUUCCUCACCCCAAAAAUACGAAUAGGUUCUCUUGGCCACCAUCACCAUCGUCGGAGACUUUUACCAACUUGCUUUACCAUUUUAUGUUGGUUUUUGUUUGCGCUUCUAUCGUUCGUUUUGCUCACUGCCACUCAUUUGCCAUUUGGUUUUAUUUUGUGUUUUCCCGUUG